AUGCCGGAACAACAGCUGCAACUGGACGGCGAAUGGAGGGCGAUACUGCCUAACCUACUAACAAAGGCAGACUUUGAAGCCCUCUCCGACCGACUGGGCCACGUGGUCAGGGAGGAAGUGGCCCAAUUGAGAGCAGACCUAUUGAACGUGGAGGCACGGAUGUCCGUGGCAGAGGCUGAAACCAGGGAGCUCUGCACAGACCUCGAACACACAAACACCGCGGUUACCACCCAAGAAGCUGACAUAGCCCACCUAACCACGUGGGUGGACGAUUUAGAUAACCGCGGAUGCAGGAUGAACUUGCGAGUCUGCGGAGUAAGAGAGGGGGGCCCAGCCGAAAACAUCCCAGAACUCCUGAGGCAGAUCUUCAGCCAGGUAUUGGGCAAUCAGAACAUGCCCAGACUGGGCCUAGUCAGGGCUCACUGAGCACUGCGACCUCCACCCACACCGGAGGAUCAGCCCAGAGAUAUAGUAUGCUGCCUAGAUAAUUUUCAGUUGAAGGAAGAAAUUCUGCGCACAGCAAGACGCAUAGGCACCAUCCGCUUGGAAGAACAGACAAUAGCAAUUUACCAAGACCUCUCCCGCUACACACUACAAGCCAGACGUGCCCUGCGCCCAAUCACCACCCUCCUGCAACAUACCUGCAUACAGUACCGCUGGGGCUACCCCUUCUCCCUCUCAGCCCGAGACGGCCCGGAUUACCUGACGAUACGGAAACCUGAUGACGUCCCUGUAUUUAUGCGCACCCUGGGACUCCCACCGGUUACGGUCCCCAACUGGCUGGCGAGGUCGUUCCUCCUACAACCAUACAGACCUUAG